AUGGAUGAUUCCCAGAUCCCCAUGGAUUAUUCCUACUACGUGUACGAGUACUACGUGUACGAGUACUACGUGUACGAGGUGGUCGGGGUGAAUUCCCCGUUCUCCAUGGAUUAUUCCCAUUUCCCCAUGGAUUAUUCCCCAUAUCCUAUGGAUUAUUCCCAGUUCCCCAUGGAUUAUUCCCCCAUUUCCCCACGGUACUACGUGUACGAGGCGAGCUGGUACUACGUGUACGAGUACUGCGUGCUCGAGGCGAGCGGGGUGAAUUCCCUGUUCCCCAUGGAUGAUUCCCAUUUCCCCAUGGAUCAUUCCCAGUUCCCCAUGGAUUAUUUCCCCAUUCCCAUGGAUUAUCCCCACGGACCAUUCCCAGUAUCCCAGGCCCAUUCCGUGUUUCCGCAGUACUACGUGUACGAGGCGAGCGGGUACUACGUGUACGAGGCGAGCGGGGUGAAUUCCCCGUUCCCCAUGGAUGAUUCCCCAUUCCCAUGGAUCAUUCCCAGUUCCCCAUGGAUUAUCCCCACGGACCAUUCCCAGUAUCCCAGGGAGCAUUCCCUGUUUCCGCAGUACUGCGUGCUCGAGUACUACGUGUACGAGGUGAGCGGGGUGAAUUCCCCGUUCCCCAUGGAUGAUUCCCCCAUUCCCAUGGGCGCGCGGCCCCGCCGGGUGUGUCCGUCCGUGCUGCAGUGCUGCCAGCGCCGCCCGGCCCGCGAGAUGCCCGCGCCGGCCCCGCGCCGCCCAGCGGAGUGGAACCACCAAGAGCCGCGGUCGCUGUCGGCAGCGGCGCCGUGCCCGUGGCGGGGCCAGCUGUGCAUCGGGGGCCAGCGCCUCUGCACCAUCGGCCUGAGGAGCGAGCACAGUGCGGGCAGCGUGCCCGCCCAGCUGCCUCCCAGCCUGGACAUCAAACACGUCAUGGGAUUGUCUGACUUGAAGAAAAAACUGCCAGAAGCUGCAUUUGGGAAAAAAAAUUACACUAGGAAUGAAGUCUGCUUUCAGGGUGUUUACUCCAGUCUCUAUGAGGUGGAAAUAUCCAAUAAGGAUCAAUCCAAAAUGGAUCAGCUGGUGGAAAAUCUGAAGGAGAAGGACUUGGCAAUCAUCAAAUAUUUACAGGACCAGGGAGUUCUCAUCCUGCUCACAUCCUCAGCCUUGGCACGGGAGGAUGGCCUGGAGCCCAAGGAGCCCGUCAGCCUGCUGGCCCUGUUCCUGUUCAGCUCGCCCCGGGCCCUGAGCCCCAGAGUGGAAAAGGAGGACCCAAAGGAUGGGAAGGAGGGCAGUGCCAGGAGUGCCAUCUCCCUAAAAAUCGCCUCGGUUUUGCCGGGACUCCGCUACGCCUUGCGGAAAGCAGCCAGUUCCUCCUGGAACGCCACGGGCAGCCCCCGCAUCCAGGAGCACCUCCAGGAAUAUGCAGAACUGCAGGAAAACUCUCAGCCCAGCCCUGGCCAGAGCAGUGACGUUCCCGUUGCUCCUGUCCCCUCUCCAUGCCGGGAUGGGGAUGCUGACCCUUCCCAAAAGCUCUCGGAGCGAUCCCUGGCCCAGCUGCGGCGUUACCUCUCCGACCCCAGCAGCUUCACCCUGGGAAUCUCAGCAGCCUUGCAGUGUCUCAGUGGGGCUGGCAGGAAUCUGGGAGCUGAUCCUGGGAAUUCCUCCUCAGUGCCCCCAAAUCCUGCUCCUCCCAGCAGAGCAGCGGGAAUAACACGGGAUAAGACAGAGCUUCCCAGUCCCGCUCCGGAGAGAUUCCUAAAAAGCAUCACCUCUCCCACCAAGCCCUGGGGCCGGGAGAUCAGGAGGAAAUCCAGCAGGAUCCUCGGGAAGAAUGUGCCACCCCUCAAGGCACAAACACAUCCUGGAGAGAACAGCAGGAGCAGGGAGGCAGCCAAGAAAAAAGCCAACGUCGCUUCCUCUUGUCCCAAAAAAUCGGGAUCCACGGGCAAUUCCAACGAGCCCAUGCUGAAAUUGGCCAAUUUGCAGUUGCCACAUGGAAGGAAAAGAGGUGCAGAGGUCCUGGCUGCAGAAAUUGUCCACAAACCCCCGUGUGAAAGUGCUGAGAAGGAAAGCUCAGCUCCCAAUGGUCCUGGCGUGGAGGCAAAGAGGCCAAAAACCCUGGAAAACCUGGACUCCAAGAAGAUUCCUGCCACUGAGAGUGGCACAAAGCCAGGGAAAAGCAAAAUGCAGAAAAACGUGGAAAACAGAGCAUCAAAACCUCCGGAGAAGCAGCAGGAAGGGAGCGAGCGGAAGGAGCUCCGGAGCGAAGCCUCAUCCGAACCCCCCGGAGCAGAACUCCCCAGGAAUGUUCAUCCCGUGGCAAUUCCCGGCGCUGCCUUCGCCCUGCAAGGGGACGACAGCGACUCCCACGCCCUGAACCUGCUGGCUGACCUGGCCCUGGGCUCCUGCAUUCCUGCCUUUAUUCCCAAGGAUUCUGGGCUCGUCCCCGUGGGAUCCGGGGAUUCCUGGGAGCAGCGGAGCCCUCCCGACGCCAAAUCCCUGCGCGCGCCUUCCGACCACAGAUACCACAGGGCGGACAAGCAGGGCAAAAAAUCCACCUCCAGCAAGGUGGCCCUGACCCAGGCGCUUCCCGAAGAAACAGAUUCCAGCCAGCUGGCCUCUCCUCCCAGGGAAAAAACCUCUGGAAUUUUCAGCGGGAGCAGCGGCGUUCCCAUCCCCGCCGCGUUCCAGGCGUUUCCUCCCCGCCGAGCUCCGCAGGCCUCCGAGGUGAGCAGCCACUCCAUCAUCUCAGCCGAGCACUCCUACGCCUCCCCCAUGCCCGAUGAUCCCAAAACGCCCCCAGAUCCCAAAGGGAAUCCCAGUCCUGGCUCCAGGAGCGCUCCGGCAGCUCCCUUGGUCGGGAAGGUGCUGCCGUUCCGGCACCAGCAGAGCAGCGCCGCCGAGCCCGCCCGGAGCAGCGGCUGUGCCAGGAAAAAGGAGGAUUUCUCCAAGAGCCACACGGUGAAUCUCUCUGGGAAUUCCAUGAAGGUCACGUGCCGCUGGGAAGAGGAAUACCUCUUCCACCUGGACAGCAGGUACACCAAUGAUUCCCUGGAGAAAACUGUCAUCCGUGCCCUGCAUGGGCCCUGGGAUCCCGAUCUUCCCGACGAUGUGGAAGGGAUGAAGCUGAUCCUGCACAUGUGGGUGGCUCUGUUCUACAGGAAGCCCAGCAAGCUCCUGAGCAGCUCCAGGAAAGUGGUGGAGCACAGCAAUCCCAGGAAAUUCGUCUCCAUCAACAGCUCCGGUGGCUUCCUGGAGCUCAGCGACGACAGCCAGGACUGCUUUGGCUUCGAGACGUGUCCUGCAGACUCCGGCUCGGAUCCUGACCAGACUCCCAGCAGCUCCCUGGAUCCCAGCACCCCUUCCCAGGGCGCUGCCCAGCCCGAGAAAAGCCCCGCGGAUUCCCAGACGGACGCGGACGGAGCUGCUGGAGCUGUGGACAGCACCGUGUCCUCCUCCUCGGGGGAGCUGCCCUGCGGGGAGGAGGAGGAGCCUUCCUCCACCAGCUGUCCCGAGAGCCUUUCCCCGCAGGAUCAUUCCAGGGAAAAGCUGGAUGUGGCCGGCAGGGAGCCGGAGGGCGUGCGCGAUGUCUCCAGCGUCACCGCGGAGGAGCCAGCCAAGGAGGAGCUGGUGGAUGCCAGGAUCACCCCCAGCCCUCCCGAGGAGCUCGGUUGUCCCAGCAAAUCCCCGGAGGCACCGGGCACGGAAAACCCCGGGAGCCAAGCCCCGAAUUCCAGCACAGCUCCAUGGACAGACCCCCCCUGUUCACCUCAGGAAAACGGGGAGCAGCAGCAGGAAAACCAGCAGGAAGCAGGCUCAGAGAGUGGCCCUGGCCCUCCCGAGGAUGAGGAGGCAAUGGGAGGCUCUGGGCAUUCCCGGGAAGUUGAGGAUGGCGCUGAUCCUGCCUGGGAUUCCAUGCCCUUGGAAGCAACUUGUGGAAGUGCAGAGCCUGGGGGAGCCACUGAGGAAGGGGAGGAAUCCCAGGAGCACUCGGAAAAGGAGGAGAGGGAGGUGCAGGUGGAGGAGGAGAAGGAAGAGAACGAGGAGCUGGAGGAUGAAAGCCCUUUCGUGGGCGCCGUGGAUUUGGUGCUGUCCGAGAGCAGCGAUGCCGAGAUGGAAUGCGAGCACGGCGAGCAGAAUCCAGGGAAUUCUGCGUCUCCAGAGGAGUUUGGUGCUCCUGAAGAGGACCCCAUGCCCAGCCCCACCUCCCUGGCACCCCCCUGCCCCGACAGAUCCUCCCCAGCACCCUCAGAUGGGGCUGGGACUGACCCUGGAGGCUUUCCUGAGGAGAUGUCACCAAACCAGGAGGAGCUCCCGGAUCCCUGGGAUGCUCCGGGCACGCCGGAUUCGGAGACAAACGGGGUUGGAGUGGCCAGUCCGGCCGAGGUGGGGUCACCCCACAGUGACAGCGGGGAGCUGCCAGUCCCCCCUGAGCCCAGCCUUGUCCGUGGGGCACAGCCCGACAGCGUUACGGACAGCCCGGGGCCUGCUGGAGCCACGCUGGGGAGCGGCUCGGAGCACAAAAACCGGGAUCAGGCGCCCUCCGGGGAAAGGUGGGAGCCUGCUGGGAGCACGGGAAUGACCCUGACGCUGUCCCCCGACUCCAGCUCCGUCUGCCUGACCUCUCCCGACAGGUCCGUGGAUCCGUGGGCUGCUCCAGAGGAUCAGCCCAUGGAGAGCGUCCAGUCACCGUCCCAGAGCGACCGGGGACGGAGCAGCUGCUUCUCCCAGCUGGGUGGGGACGACGCCGAUCCCGACCCCGAUUCCCUGGAUGCUGAGGAGUCAAACCAAGGCGGGAACGGGGUUUUGGAGGAGGAGCAGCAGGGGAGCCCCUCUGCCAACGAGGAGGAGCUGGAUGAUCCCAUGGGAGCAGGAGAUGGCCGGGACUCCCCCUUUGACUACACAGACAUGGGAGAUGACUGCAGAGCUGAGGAGAGCGAGGAUGUGUUCCCCGGGGCAGAGAAUUCCCCUGGGAACGGCAGCACGAACAUGGAGAUGGAGGAGAUCCCUCUCCACCUGGAAUCGGAGCCCUCCUCCUCCAUCAGAGAGGGCAUCUCAGCCGUGCAGGAGCUCCCCAGGCAGCAGCAGAGCUUCCCAAACAUCCACGGGGACUCGGCUCCUGCUUCUCCUGCCGCCGGAGACUCCCAUCCCGGCGUUCCCGCCGUGCCGGGCCGGCGCGAGUCGGUGCUGUGCCGCCUCUGGAAGCCGUGCCGGGAAGGAGGAGCCGCGCGGGCCCUGCUGAAGGCACAGGGGUUUGUGAGGACAGAGCCCCUGAACUUCUGCGGGCACCGGGACAGCGAGCGGCUGCUGGUCAUCGUCAGGAACGAGGACAUCGCCUCCCACAUCCACACUGUGCCGUGCCUGCUGGAGCUGAAGCGCUGUCCCAGCGUGGUGUUCGCCGGCGUGGACGAUCCCGAGGAGGUGACAGGGGACACGUUCCAGGAGCUCUUCCAGGCUGGAGGAUUCGUGGUGUCCGACGAGGAGCUGCUGGAAAGGGUGACCUUGGGCCAGCUGAAGGAGGUGGUGAAGGUGCUGGAGAAGCUGAACAGGAGCGGGAGGUGGAAGUGGCUCCUGCACCACAGGGAGAGCAAGAAGCUCAGAGGAGACCUCAGGGACGAUGCCAGUGCCCAGAAGAAGCAGCUGCUGCUGAGGUGGUGCCAGGGGGCAGAGCUGCUGGAGCCGCUGCCCUUCCACGGCUGCGACUCCGCUCCCGAGAGCCGGCGCGCCCAGUGCCUGCUGGAGCUGCAGGUGCAGCACGUCCGCGCCAGGUUCGCCGUGUACCUCACAGAAAAUCCCAGCUGCAGCAGCAGGGAGAUCCUGGAAAGCAAAGGAAUUCUUGUGGCUGACAUCAACACCUUCCUCAGCACGGUGCAGAAAGUGGCUGCUCCCUUUAGAAGAAGCUACUGGUGACAGAGCGAAGCCACGAGGACACUGCUCCUCCCCAGUGUGGGCACCCCGGUCCUGUGGGGGACAUCCCCUCCAUCCAUCCCAGUCAGUCCCAGUGGAUCCCCACCAUCCAUCCCAAUUAUAAUUAUCCAAUUAUAAUUGGAUCCCAGGUAUCCCAGUGGAUCCCAAUUAUCCCAGCUGCUGCUGGGGGUGGGGGAAGUCGGUUUUAGCUCUGUACAUAAAUCUUAUUUAAAGGUGGGGAAUGCAAAUCCUCGGGGGAUUCAUUCCCUGCCAUCCAGUCUCGCAUAGGAAAAUUCCUUUUAACGGUACAACUAAAUUAUUGGAGUGGUUUCAAGUCUUUCGUGCAGCUGCCCUUGGAGCAAGCAAAUGAGUUUGUCCCAAAGUCUACUUGAAGAUUAGGAAUGAGAACAAAUCCCUUUUCCACGCGGUCGUUGCUCUUCAGGCCCACACUACAUUUCAUCUCACCCCCGUUGCCUCCUGCUGCCGGUUCCCUGCUGGGACUCGUGGAAUCCCAGCACGGGGAACCCUUGCUGAUAGCAGGAAGCCGGGACGCAGGAACAAAAUAAGCUCUUAUUUAUGGGGGCCCCGUUCCCGACCCGGCACCGCGGGGCAGGGGCGUCCUUUUAGUUCGUUUUUAAAUCCAAGACUGCGAGGCCGUUGUGUACAGGAUGAAUUUGUAAAGAGUUUGAUUAAUAAAACCUCCAAAAUAACGAA